AGAAUUGCAGUGCACUGGACUGUACAGAACAGUGUAGCAUACACUGUCUAUGAGGGGUGGGGUUCAGCUACACUAAAAUCACAAACACAGGCAGAUAGAGGGUGAGAGAGCGAGAGGGAGAGAAGAGGAGGGAGAGAAAGCACCUGAAGAGGAAUACAACAAGGGAUGAAAGGAGACACCCCAGUGAACAGCACCAUGAGUGUCGGCCAAGCCAGGAAGCUGGUGGAGCAAUUGAAGAUUGAAGCCAGUUUCUGCAGGAUCAAGGUAUCAAAGGCAGCUGCAGACCUGAUGGCAUACUGUGAUGCCCACGCUAUUGAGGACCCCCUCAUCACCCCUGUGCCCACCUCGGAGAACCCAUUCAGGGAGAAGAAGUUCUUCUGUGCACUCCUUUGAGACAAACCACAGGAUGGUUGGGAAAAAUACUGUCCAGAUAGAACAUAACGUGCACUGAGUAUACCAAACAUUAGGAACAUCUCCUAAUAUUGAGUUGCACGCACCCACCCCCUGCACCCAGAACAGCCUUAAUUCGUCAGGGCAUGGACUCUACAAGGUGUCGAAAGCAUUCUCCCAUGUUGACUACAAUGCUUUCCAGAGUUGUGUCAAGUUGGUUUGAUGUCCUUCGGAUAGUGGACCACUCUUAAUACACACACAAAACUGUUGAGCGUGAAAAACCCAACAGCAUUGCAGUUCUUGACACAAACUGGUGUGCAUGGCACCUACUACCAUAUCCAGUUCAAAGGCACUUUUUGUCUUGCCCUUUGACCUUCUAAAUGGCAUACAUACACAAUCUAUGUCUCAAUUAUCUCAUUAAACAGUCUCAUCCCCUUCAUCUACACACGGAUUUAACAAGUGACAUCAACAUGGGAUCAUAGCCUUCACCUGGUCAGUCUGUCAUGGAAAGAGCAGGUGUUCUUAAUGUUUUGUAUACUCAGUGUAUGUACAUGCAUUCACCACAUACACAAAGCUAAAUAUAACUUAUUCAUGUAGCCUGCUUUGUCUUAUGAAAGGCUGCAGAUGUACAUAUCCUCCUAAGUAAAAUCAAGACUAAUUCAACCAAAAUUUACAUUUAGAUCUACAUAAACCAUUAAAAUAUAUUUGGAGUUAUGCGUAAACAUACCUAAAACACAUUGAAGCUUAUAGAAUCAUGAACUGUAGCACAACAUAAAAGUGGAUAUACAUACAAAAUGUAAAACAGCUCAUAGUCCUUGCUCAUUUUUCAAGUAGAUGGAGGGGUGACAACUACACAUAAAUUGUUAUCAUUUUAAUACACACUAGUCAUUGCCUAAUCUGAGUUUGUUAAAAAAUAAAAUAAAUUGUGUGUGAUGUCUUGAAAGUCCUGUAUGUCAGUUUAAGCUGUUGCAGAAAUGUGCGUGAGGUGUAGGCGCCACUGUGGACCAGUAGGACAGUAUGAGGACAAGUAAAUGCACACUAAUCCAAAUAAUUCCACUGGCUCUGUAUGUACAAGAGGUGGUCAGCCACCUUAAGAUCAGGGGUCUAUAAUGACGGGUUUCCAAAUUCAAUGAUCAAUGUUGUUUUGAUAAAUAAGUGGUUUAAUUUGUCAAGUGGAUGUCUAAGGCUAUAUGGCAUUAACAAAAAUAAGCAGUACAUUUAAUAAAUACAUAACAGCAA